ACGUUGUCGGUCGCCCUGGCAACUUAUUGACCAUAGUAGCGGCACUGCCCUAGAAGUCUUGCUGCUUACCGUGACCUUAUACUAGUCUAGUCGCGCGCGCUUCUCGAACCACUAUCGCUUCUUUCUCAGCCAGCCAAACGUAUAGAGGCGUCCGGUACCUUUCCGCCACUCUUGUAUGAUAACCGCUGGUGAUUUGGUGCACCUCAUCACUGAGCAGGGCUUCGGCAGACGGCCAUCGCACCAUGCGGAGCGUCUUCAGUGAUACUUGCUCGGCGGCGCCAAGCACUUCUCGGCCGCACGCAGUAUCAGUAAUUCCAUCACGGCCGCGGCGCUAUGCUGGUGGCCGCACGCUUGGUGGACACACGCUCCUAAGCAGUCGGAAUGUCGGCAGCGUUGCUGUCAACACUAUGGCCCGGGACCGGUUGUCAGCCCAGGAGCGGGAGGAGCUCGAGGCCGUGCGGGCACGCCUGAACCAGCAGCUACAGCUUGUAACGGGGGUAUCUCCCUCGGCAUCAUCUGAUCUCUCAGUGGAUGAGCGGCCAACACUGCUGGCGAAAGCGAACAACUGCCCAUGCGAGGACGAGGUGCACCCCUCCAACGGGUGGCGGCCCAUGCCCCACCACCUAUCAAAGCCGGAGCUGUGGGAGCGGAUACGGCAGGAGGCGCAGAUGGAUGCGUCCUCGGAGCCUGCCCUUGCCAGCAACCUGUUCAGCACCAUCCUGGCCCACCCCAGCCUGGAGAAGUCCAUGGCGUUCCUGCUGGCCAACAAGCUAGCCAACCCCACCAUGCUGGGCAUGCAGCUCAUGCGCCUCAUCAGCGAGGCGUACGAGGACGAUGCUGGACUCAUCGAGGCGUGCAUGGCGGACUUGCAGGCCGUGUACGACCGCGACCCCGCCUGCGACAGCUUCUCGCAGGCCAUGCUGUACUUCAAGGGCUUCCAGGCCAUCCAGUGCCAACGAGUGGCGCACUGGCUAUGGCAGAAAGGCCGCAAGGCCCUGGCGCUGGCCAUCCAGAGCCGCAUGUCUGAGGCCUUCCACGUGGACAUCCACCCCGCGGCGCAGCUGGGGCGCGGGCUGUUGAUAGACCACGCCACGGGUGUGGUGAUCGGCGAGACGGCGGUGGUGGGCGACAACGUGUCCAUGCUGCACCACGUCACGCUGGGCGGCAGCGGCACGGGGCGCGGCGUGCGCCACCCCACGGUGGGCAACGGCGUGCUGCUGGGCGCGGGUGUGACGGUGCUGGGGCCCAUCACCGUGGGCGCCGGCAGCAAGGUGGGCGCGGGCAGUGUGGUGGUCAGCGACAUCCCCUGCCACAGCGUGGCGGUGGGUGUGCCGGCCCGCAUCAUCAAGCGCGACAUCGUGAAGGAGCCGGUCAAGGAGAUGGACCAGUGCACUGACUACAUCCUUGACUACACCAUCUAGGUGGCACUACAUAGACUGACAGGAGAUAGUAGAUCUGAACAUCGCCCAGCUUAGGUGCCUGGCAGGCAAGAACUGGACAGGCUGUGUAUGCUGGCGCGAGGCAGCUGGCAGGCAGUGUGUACGUACGCGGCGCUCUGCAUUGUGUUGCGGAGUGUUGGGCUCGCCCUACUUAUUGUUAGGACGUGGGCAGUCGUGUCCCGGCGCUAACUUGCCCGAAGAGCACUCGGGUGAGAGUGCGGCACCCUUUCCCAGAGCAUUUUAUUGGUUGUACGCGCGCAACCGGUCUGGCUCCUGCGAGCACUUGCGUCUUUGUGGCCCAACCGGCUGCUGAGCUGGAUCCCAGUUGGCGGCCGGGAGGUGUUGAGGUCAGCUGCUACCUCUAUUGAGUUGUCAGCUGUACACCAGUUGAAAGGUCAAUGGGUCGGGGCAUCGUUUGGACGGACCUUGCACAGGCGUUUCAGGAGCACGACCAGUGAAGUUUGCGUGUGAUCGGGUGGAACCAUGUACAACUGGGCUGUCUCUGUGUUGUCAACCCUAUUGCGCGUGGAGGCAGGGUGGUGCAAGGGCCUGACGUGCGUAAGUGCGGCUUUGUUGCGUGGUCCAGGAUAGAAGUCUGUGACAAGUAUCCACCUGGUAGUUGGAAUCUAGGGGUUGUCCCUUGCUGGUGGCACACCGUACGGUGGCACGGCCGCAAGUAGUAGGAAUGAGCAGGAAUGGCAAUGGCUGUACUGUGCAAGGAAUGAGUUGGAGGACAUUGCCGGUGGGUGUAUCACUAUUGCUGAUUGAGGCGGAUGCGAGGGGCGUGGGUAUGGCCGGACUGCGCAGCCGCAGGCACAAGUGCCAUUUUUUAACCUAGCUGAAGGAGGGGCAGCGGCCCUGGUCGGUCAAAGUCUGCAACGACUGCUUGACGACCUGGGUGGGGGCCGUGCAUGUGCGGGGACGGCUGGGCACUGGGGACGGAUUGAUUGACAGGUUGACGGUUGGGACAGUUCAUGUGCGCUCUCUUUCCCCGUUCCCCAUCCCCAGAACCGCGACGUCUCCGCCGCCAACGUGAUCCGUGUGCUCCUCCUGCUGAAGCUGAUGGGCUUCGAGCGGCCGACCAAGCUGCAGCGGCCGCCAUGGCCGCCGGCGGCGGCGGGGCCGGGCUGAGAGCCUGAACGGCGCUAGCAGGGCGUGGGGCUGAGGGUGCACGUGUCGAUUGGCGGCGAGUAACGUGACUAGUUUGUUAGCUGCGGGUUAGCACGGACUGUGCACCCCACCCAACCGGCCACGUCCGGAUUCGCGGGGAUGCCAAAGGCCCCCAACAUAGAGGCGUGUGCAAUUUGCGUGUGCUGUAGGCGCCCGCGUCACGGUGGCUGGGUUGAUAACGGCCCGGCAGGGGAGGGCUCAGCCCUUUUCCUGCCUCCCUAAGGCAGCCACCUCCUUGUUUAAUCUAGCCC